UCUCUGAACACGUCUUGUGAAGAACACCUUGUGGGAGCUUUGCCCUCGGAAUGCCCUAAGUCUACAAUGACUUGAAGGUACACACCACUGACAAGAACAAGAAAUAAGUAAGAGAAAGAUAUGCUUCAAGCUGUAAACCUGUGUAAUUAAGGGAGAAAGAGAAGAUUGUACUCCACAAAGAAGGACUUCGAGAAAAGAAUAGAAGGUUACAUCAAUAUAAAGGCCACAAAGAGAAAAUUCUGUGCUGUCCAGGAGUUCUUAUCUGUGAAUUUCUGAGACAAUAUUUUACUCAUAAUUUUUAAAAAAUGGCAAAUCUUCGACAUCCUUAUUGUGCAUCACACACCGGGGUGGAUAUACACAAGUGUAUGGACUGUGGGAAAUGUUUCCUUGAGAGAAGUUCUCUUACUAAACAUCAACGAACUCACACAGGAGAGAGGCCAUAUAAAUGCAUGGAAUGUGGAAAGAGCUUCAGUCAGAGUCACAAUUUGUAUACUCAUCAGAGGAUCCACACUGGAGAGAAACCAUAUCCAUGCAUGAAGUGUGGGAAGAGCUUCAGUCAGAGUAGACAUCUGUACAUUCAUCAGAGGACCCACACUGGGGAGAAGCCAUAUCAAUGCAUAGAAUGUGAAGAAAGCUUCAGUCAGAUUGGAAAUCUGUGUACACACCAAAGGACCCACACAGGAGAGAAGCCACAUAAAUGCAUGGAAUGUGGAAAGAGCUUCGGUCACAGCGGGGACCUGCGUUCCCAUCAAAGGACUCACACAGGGGAGAAGCCAUAUCAGUGCUUGGAAUGUAGUAAGAGCUUCAGUCAGGUUGGACAUCUGCGUUCCCAUCAAAGGACCCACACUGGGGAGAAGCCAUAUCUAUGCGUGGAAUGUGGAAAGAGCUUCAGUCAGAGUGGGCAUCUUCAUUCCCAUCAAAAGACCCACACAGGAGAGAAGCCACAUAAAUGUGUGGAAUGUGGAAAGAGUUUCAGUCACAGUGGAGAUCUGCAUUCCCAUCAAAGGACCCACUCAGGAGAGAAGCCACAUAAAUGCGUGGAAUGUGGAAAGAGCUUCAGUCUGAGUGGAAAUCUGCGUUCCCACCAAAUGAUCCACACAGGGGAGAAGCCAUAUCAAUGCGUGGAAUGUGGAAAGAGCUUCAGAAAAAGUUCAGCAUGCAUUAGACAUCAAAAAACUCACACACGUCUAAAGGAAGAGACCUUCCUUUAAGUUUCUAUCUCUCUUAAAAGAACCUUUAAGUGUCCAUCCCUCUAUAGGUGGACAAUGAA